AGCAGGAUUUUACUGCAGUGGCUUCAUAGUCCAGCUGUUAUGUUGUCCGGUAACUUAUUCUCUGGUGCUGCGUCAAUGUAAAGGGCUCAUUAUAUAUCAUACAAUGUACAGGUUACGUAAAUAACCGUGGUUUAUUAAACUGAAAGUAACUUAUAGUCCAAGUGAAAACGUCUUGGGGCGGCCGCUCAGCAAUGUGACUUCCCAUUUCAGCCAUGUAGUGCGAACUCUCCAAUGUAUCCUGCUCAGUGUGUUUGCAGCGGUGCCAUGGACUCCAGCACGACGUUUACCGAGAAAUAGUGCGAAUCUAACGUUUCCCGGCUGCACUAGAGAGGAACUAACCAGAAGACGAACUGAGAAGAGCAAUUAGCGGAUUUUGGCUGAAACGUGAAACUGGCCCAGCUGCACGACUUCUUUGCGUACCGCUGGGAUCUACACCAGCCUGACGCCAGCACUCUCCUAAGGAUCCCGUUGGGUGUUUCUUCUUCCUUUGAAGGUUUGGUCAUCUACUGAUUUGAAACACUGAGAACUCACUUCAUUAUGGAACCGGUCAUCAGCAGAUCUGGAGCACAAAACCAGACGACAGCGUUCGGUACACCAGUCUUCAACUCCAGCUGCCGCUUCGAUGAGGAGUUUAAAUACGUCUUACUGCCUGUGUCCUACAGUCUGGUCUUUGUGUUUGGCUUUGUGCUCAAUGCUGCAGCUUUGUGGAUGUUCAUAAAGAUGCGUCCCUGGAAACCCAGUACAGUGCUCAUGUUCCACCUGGCCCUGUCUGACUUCCUCUACGUCCUCUCCCUGCCCACUCUCAUCUAUUACUACGCCAAACGCAAUGAUUGGCCGUUUGGGGUGGCUGCAUGCAAGGCAGUGCGCUUCCUCUUCUAUGCCAACCUCUACUGCAGCAUCCUCUUCCUCACCUGCAUCAGCGUGCACCGUUAUCUGGGCAUCUGCCACCCCAUCAUGGCGCUGACCCUGGUGAAGCCCCGCCAUGCCCACCUGGUGUGCGGCCUGGUGUGGGGUGUGGUGAUCGUGUGCCUGGUGCCCAACCUCAUGUUUGUCACCACCUCCACGAGGGAGAAUGACACUCUGUGCCAUGACACAACCAGCCAGGACGCCUUUGAUCAGUAUGUGGACUACUGCUCUGUUGUUAUGGUGCUUCUAUUUGGCAUCCCGUUCAUGGUCAUAAUGGUGUGUUACUGCCUGAUGGCGCGAGCCCUGUGCCGACCCAGACUGGGACUAUCUGCCAGCCAGCAGGGCACCGGCUCACAUAGGAAGUCCAUUAGGCUCAUCAUUGUGGUUCUGGUUGUGUUUGCUGUGUCCUUCGUCCCAUUUCACAUCACACGGACCAUCUACUAUACCUCCCGUGUAUUAAAUCUCAGUUGUGAAUUCCUCAACAUCGUCAACUUUACUUACAAGAUCACCAGGCCGCUGGCGAGCGUCAACAGCUGCAUAGACCCAAUUUUGUAUUUCCUGGCUGGGGAUCACUACCGCCUCAGAAUGAUUUCUGUUCUGACACGAAGAAAACAGACGACAAGCAGCCAAGCACAUGAACAGAUGCAGCAACAGACACAGCGAAACAAAAACAAUGGCAUCGCUCUGGUCUGUAAAAACCCAGCCUUUAAAGAAAGUGAAGAACCUGAGAGGUAGUGGGAUUUGAAGAUUUCUGCUUCAGGCAAAGCUAAAACACAAGGUACUCCAUUCAGAAGCACCCGAUUGACUUUUUUGCACUAGGACAUUUGGAAGAGUUUACUGUGAAAUGUACUUACUGUAUAGUAUGUUUUCACCCCAUCAUAUUGCGGUAAUGCCCGUAUUUAAUGGGCAUAAAGGCUAUAUUUCAGGUCCACUCACCUUCUUCUGCUCUGUUAGUGAAAUGAUGUUCAAGAGUCGGUACUUUUUCCUGAGUGUACAGUCUCCUAACACAAAGGGUGUAUUACACAAAACUCUGUAUGCACUAAAUUGUAUUUAUGUUACUGUACUGUGUUUGUCUGUGUGGAAAAAUGCAGAAGGAAAAUGUUACUUUCAAAUGAUGGGGAUGCUAUGUGACACACACAGAUAAUCACAGGUGCCUUAAGUUAAAUCAGGUGUUUCAGGCAGUGAACUGAUGUCAUUGAUGUAAAUAUUAAGGUUUGUAUUAUAUCUGGCCAAAAAUAAUGGACAGUCUGGGUAUUGUCUGAGAAAUGAGACAGCUGUGAGGCAAUUGUUCCUGUUGCAUAAUCAGAAAUUAACCUCAGUGCAGCUUCUCUUCCCAGCUGCUUUUGUCCUUCACAUUCCACAAGUGUUUUUUGCUCAACUGUGGGAGAAAAGCAGAGACUGGCCUGAACAAGACAUAUCCGUUCAAACCACCUACGCUACAGAGAUUUUCCUUUUCCGCUUUUUACCUUUGGGAUUGUUACAUGAGCGUGUUGUCCCUGUGCCUGUGUGGGUUCUCUCUGGGUACUCCGGCUUCUUCCCACAGCUUA